UCCGCUAGAGCGCGUUCGGGCACGGAUAAAAGUUAGAGAGACGGUUCGCUUGUCUCCGCAGUUCGCACAGAAUCGGCAUAAAUUAAGCCCACAACAAAUCAACGAACGAAGAUCAACGGCUACGGCGCCUAAGCGCGACUCCAAACAUAAAAAAACUCUCUUCCUUUUUUAGUGGUUUCCCAACGAAAUGAGCUCGGACCAGAGGCCAUUUGGGGACGGCUUACCCAGAGUGUUGGCCCCUGCUUUCCUGAUCCUCAUCUGCAGCGGACUGGCAGCGGCGCAAUCGAAUUACGUGCAGCAUGGCGAUAGCGGUAACUACACCACAAACGGGCUGCCCGAGGAGGCCACCCUGGAUGGCAAGGUAACCAAAUUGGACGACAUUAGCCCUUUGAUAUUCCUGAAUCGAACCAAGGCCGCGCUAAACUGUGCCGCCGGAUCCAUGCAGGUUGAUCUCAAGUUCAACGAUCCGUUCCAUGGCAUUAUCCAGGCUGACUACGAUCGCAGCAGUGCCUGUCGUGUGAGCGGCAAGGGAGCCCUCAGUUACCGCCUCGAGCUGCCGCUGAAGGGAUGUGGAACCAUCCAGAAUCCCACCCGUGUGUUCACCAACAACAUCAUAGUGCGUUUCCAUGCCAAUCUAGAGAUGGAUGGCGAUGAAAUCAUAACCAUAGUCUGCCGUUAUCCGCCGCCAGUGCCCUCACUGCCGCCUGCCCUGCCAGCUCCCAUUCUCAAUCCCAUUGCCACGGGCUCCGUGCUGCAGCCGCCGCUGAAGAGCAUCCAGAUCCUGAUGAUCAUCUGUGCCAUUAUGUUCCUUACGCUGCUUCUGCUGGGACUGGCCGUCUCCUACUACUGUCUGCGCAGCCGCCCUAUUCCUGUGGUGCGUCGCCUGCCCAUGAGCAUGGGCAGCGGCUCUGAAAUCACCAAGCUGAGCGGCAGCAGUGUGGGCAACAUCAGUGCCUUUGAGGGCGUCAAGAUACCCCGCGCCCAUGCCGCCCUCCAGGCCGUCUACAGUUCCUCGGGCAGCGAGGGAGCCCUCAUUCCGUCCGACUAUCCCAGCGAAUCGCACUCCGAGAUCGAGGAGAUUGACACCCGCUCGCUGCCGUUCAGCUCGGCGGGCAGCUUCGAGAACCGUGCCUUCAUCCAGGAGACAUCCAGCAUAUAUAGCGAUCACUAUGUGCCGGCCCAGGAGAUGCCAGCGGCGGCGGCUGUUAUGACCACGUCCUCGCUCACCCGUCACGCCAUACCCAUCCAGGAGGCCGUCGCAGCCGGUUCGCCCAAGUUCGAUGUCCAGGUGCGCGUCAAGAAGUCACCGCCGCCGCCGCCCUCGCCGGUAACCUCGGACACGGAGAGCGUGGCCACCCUGCGUCCCGAUCGCAAUAACCUGUCGACCAUCAUGGAGGCGUAUGAGGAUCGCGAGAGUGUCAUGACCAUGGAAUCGCUGCCGCCGCACGUCGAGACCAUUCACUCACAGUUCACGUACGUGCCAGAGCUGCAUCCGGCUCCGCAGGUGCCGCAGACGCUACCAUCGCCCCCGAUGGCCAUUGCCGAGCCCAAGUUCUCCGUGUACACGCGAACGCAUCAGGAGGUGGUUGACGGUCGUCCAGAAACUUGGUCUGAUUAUACCGAUGGCCCGGCACCCAGCGAGAUCACCGAUUUGUCCUCCGAGGCACCCGACAUGACCGUGGACACGAUGCACUACUACGAGGACGAGUAUGUGCCGAAUGUGCAGCUGCCGCCGCCAGUGACCUCGCACACCGUGGACGAUGUCUAUCUGCGCACGGUCACCGAGAAGAAGACCAUCGAGGACAUUGAGAGCCACAAGCGAAGCGUCACCGAGUACAAGAGCAAGCCGAGGGCACCGCUACCGCCGGUACCGCCGCCACCGCCCCCGGUGGAUCCCAAGUUUGAUGUUCGCGUGCGCAACUAUCCGAAUGAAAGGGAGCAGCAGCAGUGGGAGAACUUCUCGGACAUCUCCAGCGCCUCUGGACUGACCCUCACGCCCAAGAUGGAGCGCAGCGAGCUCAGCCUGCCGCUGGCGGAGCCGCCGGCCCAGAUCCAUGACAACAAGCUGAAGCUGACCAGUCCCGAGCUGGUGGGCAACAUGAAGCCGAUCGAGGUGCCGCCGCAGGACAAGGACGUGCCCAACUGGGAUGUGCUCAUACGCAUCCUGGAGGAGCCGGAGAUGUCGGAGGCCGGCGAUGAUGUCAGCUCGGUGCGUAAUCUCAGCUACGACGAUCGCGCCAAGUGGAAGGAGAUCAUCACCACCCAAUCCUCGCUGCGUACUAUGCUGACCGAGGCUGUGGUGCGCGAGGACUUUGAGCGCAUUCGCCAGGACACGCGCUAUGAGCGCAUGUUCGAGCCCCAGACCUGGGACGUUAUCAUCCGCAUCCUGGCGCCGCCCGGCGAUGACGAUCCGGAUGUGGAAAUGAGAAUGCCACGGCGCGGCGGCAAGAAGGCUCCCCCACAGCCCUGGGACACGCGUUCGCGUCGCAGCUCCCUGCCCACGCUGUACGAGUAUGACAGCGACGGCGGCUCCAGUGUCCGCACCAUUCGCAAUGAUCCCGGAAUGCCUGGCUUCCCGGUGUCGGCCGGUGGCUUCAACAGCGGCCAGGGACCCUUCAAUCUGCAGCGUUCGCGUCGCAGCUCACGCACCUCGUACCAGACCGACCACAACGACUUCCGCUCCAUGUCCGAGGUGACCGUGGACUUUGGCCGGCCGCAGCCGGACCACUCGGACAACAUGAGCGAUGCCAGCAGCUACUAUCGCAUGCAGUACUAUGACGACGACGAUCGUCGCUCCUUCCACCGCUCCCUGAGCCAUCCUUCGCUGGCCCGCUCCGCCAGCGAGUUCACCGAGCAUUGGACAGCCCCCGAUCCAGAUGAGAUGGUGAUCUCCUCCCCGGAGGGAACACCGCGGGCACGGCGAGGAGUUCGUCAGCCACUGCCCCUGACGACCCACCAAGGAAGGACGGGCGAGCGGGUUCUGGCUCAGACACAGACCCAGAGCGAAUAUGUGGAGACCCACAGGAGCGUCUACCAUGCUGGCAAGGAUAUGCCCCUGCCGCCACCCCCGCGCAAGUGGUAGUGGUAGCCACAGAGACGGAGACGGAGACAAACGAGAGCGAGAGUCACUUUAAUUAACAACAAACGACUAAAAACCACACGUUCCGGGAAGGGUAUUAAUUAUGAAAUUACUGUAUUGUAGAGACGGGUCAUCCACCAAGAAGUGGCAGGACACGAGGCCAGCCCCUUGAGUGGAUGCCCUUACAUUUAUAUGCAUUCAUAUGUGGGUCACAAAGGACUCUGCAUACUUAUAUAUACAUAUAUACUUACUUAAACACAACAAAAAGUGCCAAUUACAAUUGCCUGACGACAAAGUUAGCCACAUUAAUAAUAAUAGAAACUAAAAUGUCCCUUCGAUGGAUGAUAAUGUGACUUUUAACUUUCGAUUCGCUGCAUUUUAUAAUAUUUAAUAUCGACUCUUUCAAAGAGCAAACGCGUUAAAGGGGUUGGAUACCGACCUUUAUUCGAUUUGUGUGUUCUGCACUCCCAACAAGUACAUACAUAUAUAUUUUGGAAAUAUAUUUCGAAGAUGAAAGUGACAGAGAUUAGGACAAGUAUCAAUUUUAGUUAAUAGUAAAGCUGUUAAGCUACGCUGCCGUUGAGCAUUUCGAUAGACAAAUAUAUAAUACCCUUGUGUCUUCUCAAUUUACCGUCCAAAUUAGGUAGUUUCCAAGUCAAAUGCGCUUCCUUACAUUUUUCUAGUUGCUAAAGUGUAUAUAAAAAGUUGUCCCACAACACAAGACCAAACUCUAUGCAAACUGCCACAAAAGCACUCGAGAGAUUUUGAAUAGAAACAAAGUUCUUUAUGUGAAACGAAAGUAUUACUACAGAAUAGAAUAGAGAAACGGUUGCAGCGUCCACCAAGGAGUUCUGGUUAGCUGCAGCCGGAUAGAUCGCUUGCAAUAUAUAUAUUGUCCGACUUGAGCGUGACGUGCGAGGCAUACAGAUCGAUAUUAAACAGGGCUUCCGUUGGAAACACCAACAACACAUAUCUCUCAUGAUUAUUCUCUUAUUUUUCCGUAACUGAAUACUAAUACCUUAGAGACAACACGUCCCAGCGGACAAAAAGUCCGCAAAAGAUAUUAAAUGUUGACAAAGAAUCUAACUUUCCGCAUUAGUUUCACUAAAUGCUCAAAAACGGACGAAUAGCGAAUAUAAUAGCAUUUGCUGCCAAAACCCAUAUCGUUUAUGAGUCUGAAUCGGAUGUUUUGUCCGCAAAACUAUCGUUUUAAUAUCAUAAACGAAGUUUUUGUCUGCUGGGACUACCUAAAGUAUAUACUGAAUCUCUAGUAUAAUUAAUAAAUAAUUAUAAUAUUAAUAAUAAACAAGGAAAAAUUAUGCAACACAUUUAUAUGCGCAAAUCUGCUGAAAUAUAAUUUUAAUUCCGUUUGGGGAAAACAUAAUUCGAUGUAAUCUAAAUAUUUCCAAAAUAAUU